ACUAAUAAGGGUGCAGCUCAGUUGUAUAAUUCAACAAAUAGUAUGAUGAACAAUAUGCACAGAAUGGCAACUCUAAAGCUUCCACAUAAGAGUAAAACAUUAUUAGUAACAAAUGUAAAUUCCUACGCUGCUGGUACACGACCAUGGAAAGAGACAAAAGGGGAUUUAUACCGGGAUACACCCAAUACAGAUCCUAUGCUUAUUACUCCUGUAAGUAUUAAUGAUCAUAAAAUAGAAUUACAAGCCAUUGAUGGUUUAUUUAAAAUGGGAAUGCUGCAGUUAGGUAUUGGUAGUGGGGCAUCUAAACUCGCUCAAUCAAGUGAAUUAUAUAUGUUUAUUCUCUGUACACCUGGAGAUCUCUCGCGUCGUCCAUCAUCUCUAGCAGCACAUGAGGAAAUUGAUAUGGAAGAUCAUAAUAGUAAUAUUAAUAAUAUUAAUAGUAAUAAUAAUAAUAAUAAUAAUAAUAAUAAUAAUAAUAAUAAUAAUAAUAAUAAUAAUAUGAGUGGGCCGAAAUCAAAGAAACACGACACUACACACACACCGCUGAGUGUUCAGGUGGACGGUGAGGCCGUUGUGCGGAUUGAACAGCCGACUGUUGUGCACAUCACUGAACUGCGGCGGCCGCGAGUGUACGUGCGGUGUCGUAAUCCCAAAGUAGUGCGGCAGUUCACACAGGAGGAAGAUGAGGAAAGUGUGCGAGACGUAGGAGAGAGAGAGAGGCCUGGAAUGAAUAGGAAUGGUAAUAGUAAUAAUAAUAAUAGUAAUAAUGAUAAUAAUAAUAUUAAUAAUACUAAUAAUAGUGGUGGUAAUAGGGAUAAUAAUAGUAGAAUAGAAUAG